CUCUAAGAGGAGAGGAGGAGACAGCCUGGAAAAUAUAGAGACACAAGAGAAGAGAUGUAGUGUUGUGCUAAAGAAUGAAGGACCUUGAAGGUUAUAAGGAAUUCUUUGCUUUAUAGGAAGCCAAAAUAAGGACUUUCACACAGGAGGGGUCGGUUCUCUCUUGGAUAAAGUAGAAUUCUGGCAGCUGUAUUUAAUACAGACUAUAGUGGGGAAAGAUGGGAGAUAGGAAGUCAGUUAGUAGAAGGUUACAGUAGUUUAGCUGGGAUAGGAUCACAACAUGCAUGAGCGUUGUAGCUGUUACUUGUGAAAGAAAGUGAUGGAGUUUGGCAAUAAUGCAUAAGAAAAAGUGACAGAUUUUGACAGUGGUGUUAAUAUACAGUACAAUGAGAAGGAGAGAAAGGAGUCAAACACCCCAGACAGUGUGCUAAGCUGACAGUGUUAAUGAGCACUCUAUAAAUAGAGAUUGUGAAGGCAAGGGGGAGAGUAAAGGUCCCCAUAGACGCAAAGAUUUUUUGUUGGUGAACAAUCAAUUUCAGUGCAAUCCGACCAAUCCGUCAAAUUAUCGUGAGGGGAUCUGCAAUAGCCAAAGUUAUUGGCAACAACAUACAGAAAAGCACCAGCUUCCAGCCGACAGUUAAUAUGUGGGUAUUUGAAGAGCUUAUUGGGGGUAGAAAACUGACUGAAAUUAUUAACCAGGAACAUGAGAACAUCAAGUAUCUGCCUGGCCACAAACUUCCCCAGAACGUGGUGGCAGUGGCGGAUCUGCUGGAAGCGACAUCUGGAGCCGAUAUUCUGGUGUUUGUUAUCCCCCAUCAGUUCAUAGGGAGAAUUUGCAACCAGUUGGCCGGCCAUGUGAAGGCUGGAGCUUUUGGCAUUUCCCUUAUUAAGGGAGUGGAUGAGGGACCAGAUGGACUGAAGCUGAUCUCUGAGAUUAUUCGUGAAAAACUUGCUAUAGAGAUCAGUGUUCUGAUGGGAGCCAACAUCGCCAGUGAGGUGGCCAACGAGAAGUUCUGUGAAACCACAAUUGGAUGUAAGAACCUGCAGCAUGGACAGAUCUUCAAGCAGUUGAUGCAGACCUCAAAUUUCCGAAUUACAGUGGUGGAAGAUUGUGACACAGUGGAGAUCUGUGGGGCAUUAAAGAACAUUGUAGCAGUCGGUGCUGGUUUCUGUGAUGGACUGGACUUUGGUGAUAACACAAAGGCAGCAGUGAUCCGCCUGGGCUUGAUGGAAAUGGUGGCUUUUGCCCAGCUUUUCUGUAAAGGAUCCGUCUGUACCAGCACCUUUCUAGAGAGCUGCGGGGUGGCUGAUCUCAUUACCACCUGUUACGGAGGCCGCAAUCGCAAGGUGGCAGAGGCCUUUGUCCGGACACGAAAAUCUAUCGAGGAACUGGAGAAAGAAUUGCUCAAUGGACAGAAGCUACAGGGGCCCCAAGCCUCUGUAGAAGUAUAUAAAAUCCUCCAGCAGAAGAACAUGGUCCAUAAGUUUCCCCUGUUUGAAGCUGUGUAUAAAAUCUGCUACGAGGGGCACCCUGUCACCGAAUUCAUCUCCUGCCUGCAAAAUCAUCCAGAACAUUACUAGCCUAAACUGACUCCCAGCAGAUUCUUCUAGGGCAGUGAUCCCCAACCAGUGGCUUGUCAGUAACAUGUUGCUCACCAGCCCUUUGUAUGUUGCUCCCAGUGGCCUCAAAGCAGAGGCUUAUUUUCGAAAUCCUGGUUUGGAGGCAAGUUUUGGUUGUACAAAAAGCAGGUGUCCUGCCAACCAGAGCCUCAGUGUAGGUUGCCAGUCCAGAUAGGGGCCACCAAUAGUCAAUCACGGCCCAUAACUUCCAACCCCAGGAACUUUUUUGAAUACUUGUUACUCUCCAACAUUUUUUGGACCUGUGACCCAGACACAAAGCUGUAUAAUAAAAAUCCUUUUCAAAUUAAA